AUGAAAAUAUUUGCGCCUCCGAAGCAUUUAUCCGGCGCGGUAGCGCCGCUUAUGACACUCAACUACCUGAUGGGACUUCGCAUUGUCAUGUAUCCCCGUGGAAAGCUACGCACUAUGUCCAGUCUGAUCUACCUCCUGCUGCUGCUCGGCAUCUUCUGCACGUCUUUACCCGCACAAUAUAGCUUCACGGAGAAGGUUAAGCUGCUGAAGUUAGAAUUCGUCCUGCACAGGUUCAUACUCUAUCUGGGUGCCUUCGUCGUUAUGUGCAAGAUGGUUCUUGGUUACUUUUACACAAAGGCAGUCAACGCCUGCUACCGAAAAAUCGCCCAAAUUGAUGAAACGCUGGAACGACUUGGAUCAAUAAUUAACUAUGGCGAAGUAUACCUUUUGUCCAUCGGCGCUGUAAUCACCUGGUUUUUGUGCAUACAAACCAGGUUCAAAUUAGUUAAUGAACUCCUGAGCGAAGGCGCAACGAUGUCAACAACUGAAAGGAUGAAACUGGGUUUCUGUGAUCUCUUCGCUGCGGAAGAUUACACUAAAAUAACAAACAGCAAACAAUGCCAGAAUAUUAUUUCUAUAAAGUUGUUUAACUUAAAUCGGCAACUGCAGUCUCGAAUACGAACUUCUAAAUCGGGAGAACGUAAUUGCGUUAAAUCACAGACUUGGCCUCGCCUGCUGUCUCAAAUUCAAAAGCAUUUCGACAUGAAACUUCAGGGCGUAUCUAGAAACCAAUUCAGAGAUUUAAUUGUGGUUCAGAGAUUAAUCAUAAUCGAGAAAUGUCGGAAACGUACAUACUUGUUGCAAACGAUCAGGCAGGUUCAUUUGGAACUGUGCAGAAUAUUAAAGACGCUGUGCAUCAGCUUUGGUAUACAGAUUACUUUGGAUAUCGGAAUUUCUAUCAUAUUUAUCACUGGACUUUUAUAUAUAUUGUACAUCCAACAACGACAGAGAACGACAGGCCAUAUCUUGUUGGACCAAGCGUUUACCAUAAUCACGUUAAUCAUCGUUCACGUGCUGAAGAUCGUUCUCAUUAAUUUCGUUUGCAAACAUGCGACCAACGAGGGAAAGAAGACCACCGAGGUGAUUCAUGAAAUUUACGGAUGCUGUCCGGAUACUGAUAUACGAGAGGAGAUUCAACAGUUUGAUCUUCAGAUAUCGCAGAGUCCGGUGGAAUUCUUCAUAUUUGGGAUCUUCUUAAAUUUCCAGUUUUUAGGCUCGUGUCUGAAAACUGUGACGACUUAUCUAGUUAUCAUGAUACAGAUGAGCAACUCCCUAGAGUCGAGUUAA